AUGCAAUCGGUUGUGGGAGUUUUAAUAAAGUUUUACCUCCCCGCCCUCCUCUCCCGUCGUCUCUCACUCGAGCCUUCAGGACCCAGGAGUCUGUGGCAGCCAUGCGUCUCCAGGUCCACCCCCCCGCCCGAGUCUUCAGCCAUCUCCCCACCCCCGAGUUUUCAGGAGCCUUAUGAUUCUAAGAUCUCCAAGCCUUCAAGAACUCCCAAGCCUUUAAGAACUCCCAAGCCUUUAAGAACUCCCAGAGUCUUUAUUAGCACAGAGCCUUCCAGAACCUCCAAGCCUCCAAGAACACCCCAAGCCUUCAAGAACACCCCAAGCUUCAAGAACACCCCAAGCCUUCAAGAACAGCCCCUUCAAGAACAGCCCAAGCCUUUCCAAGGAACCUCCAAGCCUUCAAGAACCCCAAGCCUUCAAGAACAAAAAGAACCUUCCAGAGCCUUCAAGAACCCCCAACAAGAACCCCCAAGCCUUCAAGAACACCCCCUUCAAGAACAUCCCAAGUUUUCAAGAACACCCCAAGCCUUCAAGAGCACCCCAAGCCUUCAAGAGCAUAAGCCCAAGAACAAGCCUUCAAGAACACCCCUAAGCCUUCUAAGUGCAAGCCUUCAAGACACCCCGAGCCAAGAACACCCCAAGCUUUCAAGAACCCCCAAGCCUUCAAGAACACCCCAAGCUUUCAAGAAAGAACACCCCCAAGUUUCAAGAACACCCCAAGCUUUCAAGAACCCCCAAGCCUUCAAGAACACCCCAAGCCUUCAAGAACACGAGAACUCUUCAAGAAUUCAAGAACACCCCCAAGCCUUCAAGAACUCCCAAGCCUUCGAGAAGCUGCUUCAAGAACAAAGCCUUCAAGAACUCCCAAGUCAAGAACACCCCAAGCCUUCAAGAACACCCAAAGCCUUCGAGAACUCCCCAAGCCUUCAAGAACACCUCAAGCCUUCAAGAACUCCCCAAGCCUUCAAGAACUCUCCAAGCCUUCGAGAACCCCCAAGCCUUCGAGAACCCCCAAGCCUUCAAGAAUGCCCCAAGCCUCCAAGAACACCCUAA